AUGAAGAACGAUUGGUUACCAUGGAUGGAUUCAGAUCCAGACCUAUUCCCAUUAGAACCAUUCUUCAACAAUUUUCUACAAUCCUUCAUACAAAACUCUAGAACUUUCUACGUUCCAGGAGCUUCGGCAAUCGAAGAGACCUUUGGCCGCGUAACCAAAUUCGCCGGCGCGUUGUUGUUUUGGGUUUCCGGCGGUGGAUCCACCGCGUGCGGCGGUUCAAUUCGAUCUGGAGGCGGUUCUGGUAAUGUGAAUAUGAAUAUGAAGGUUAAGCCUGUUAUUGGUAAUAAUGUGGCUGGGUUUGGGGUUCCUUUUGGUUUUAAAUCCAAGAGAAAGUCUUCUGAACGUGUGAGUUUGGGGAAGGUUUCGAGUUUUGUGGUUAGGUUGUUCUGGAGAGAAGCUAAAAGGAUUCAAUCGUAUCCUGUUUUGUCUAUUGCUGCAGCAUUGGUGCCGCCAAUUCAAAACUUGUCAUCAAAUCUACUGUCUGGGCCAAUGCAGGAUCCUGAUAUGCAAAUGCAUGAAAGCAUGGACCAAGUGCCUAAGGAUGUUGAACGCCAAAGAUGUCCUCGCCUAUCAAUUUCUGAGUUGAAUCUAGCAAAUUCUGCUGUGGAGGCCAAAACUGGCAUUGAAUUUCCUAUGGUUCUGGAUAAUUUAUCAGCUGGGGAGCAGAAUUCCCGCUCUGACUCAGAGGUCCUGGUUGGAACGGGUUCUAGAACCAUGACAAUUGUUAAAAUCAAGUCGCUUAAGAUCUAUGCUUUUGGAUUUUAUGUUCACCCGAACUCCCUCUGUGAGAAGUUGGGCCCAAAAUAUGCAUCAAUUUCUGCAGAUGAACUGAAUGACCAUAAUGAUUUCUACCAAGAUCUUCUCAGGGAAGAUAUCAGUAUGACUGUUAGGCUUGUCGUAAAUUGCAAAGGGAUGAAAAUUAACAGUGUGAAAAAUGCUUUUGAGAAAUCACUUAGAGCUCGACUAGCUAAGACAAAUCCUUCCGCAGACUUUGAUUGCCUUUGGACAUUUGGUUCAUACUUUACGGAGAAUAUCCCAAUACCUUUGGGAACAGUAAUUGAGUUUAAACGAACAGUUGACGGGCAUCUGAUUACUGAAAUUGGUGGUAGUUACGUUGGAAGUGUCCACAGCAAAGAUAUGUGUCGGGCUUUCUUUGACAUGUACAUUGGAGAUCUCCCUGUGUGCGAACAAACCAAGAAAGAGAUUGGCACGAACAUCGCAAAUAUUAUUAGGAGUUGUUGA